AUGGAUGGAUCAGGCUCAAAUCCUCCAGUACUAGCAGUCAUAGAUGUCUGGGAGAAAGGCCAUGAAGGGGGUGAUCAGUUUCCCUUCUUUUUCUGUCACUGCUUCCUGAUCUGCCCAGAUGAGAAUAAGAGCACAAACAAUUGUAAACCAUCAGCUAUAAUCACUUUCCUUGCUUUUCUGGGAGCUGCUGUUGCUCUCCCUGCUUGUGAUGAUGAUGGCAAGAUCAUUGGAGGCCACAACUGUCUGAAGAAUUCCAUUCCUUACCAGGUGUCAUUGAAUGAUGGCCUUGGACAUCAGUUUGAGCCUAGCUUUUUACGGCUGAGCCAUCUUUCCAGCAGCUCCCUCAUUAGUGAACAGUGGGUACUGUCUGCAGCUCACUGUUAAUAGAGGAGACACCAAGUUUGCCUGAGAGAACACAAUAUUCAGGUCCUUGAGGGUGGGGAGCAAUUUAUUGAUGCAGAAAAGGUAAUUCGCCACCCCAAGUACGACAAAGACACCACAAACAAUGAUAUCAUGCUGAUUAACCUGAAGUCACCUGCUAUCCUUAACCCCCAAGUGUCCACAAUCUCUCUGCCCAGACCCUGUCCAUUUGCAGGUGUUCAAUGCUUUGUGUCUGGUUGGGGAAAUACUGUGAACCUUAGAGGUAAUAAAUACCCAGCAAAUGCCCAGAUACUUCAGUGUCUGGAAGACCCUGUCCUUUCUUCCAGUUCAUGCAAAAAUUCCUACCUAGGCAAGAUCACCAGUAACAUACUCUACCUUGGCUUCCUGGAGGGUGGAAAGGACUCUUGCGAUGGGGACUCUGUUGUCCCUGUCAUCUGUGAUGGAGAGAUCCAGGGCAUUGUCUCCUGGGGUACAGGCUGUACACUGAGAGGCAAGCUUGGUGUCUAUACCAAGAUCUACAACUGCCUGAGCUGGAUUCGGGAGACCAUGGCUGCCAACUUGAGUUCUCUUCCCUUUCAUUAUUCACGUGUUCCUUAUCCUUUUCCUUUUCUUCCUCCUCCUGAAAUGAAGUCAGAAUAA